AUGCGUCUCCCAACCUCUAAACCCUCUCCACAACAUUGUUACACCCCCUCCACCGCUGUUCCUCGUAUCCUCGUUGUCAGCCGCCGCACAGUCCGCAAGAACAAAUAUGUUGACUUUGUUGGCGAAUACCACCUGGAUCUCAUCGUCAAGUAUGGCGGCUGCCCGAUCAUCGUCCCGCGCGUUGAAAACAUAGCUUCCAUGCUUGAGGCCUUCGAGCCAUUCCAUGGUUUGCUUCUCUGCGAAGGGGAGGACAUUAGCGAAAGCUUUCUCCCCGUUGGUCCCAGGCUCCCAGAAGACCUCAUGUCAUCCAUCAAGACAGCACAUCCGAGUGAUGUUGCAAUCGACAUGCAAAAAGACUCCAUUGAGUUUUCCCUCGUCCAUCGAUGCCUUUCGCGCGGCAUCCCGAUUCUUGGCAUCUGUCGUGGCUCCCAAAUCGUCAACGUCGUCGCCGGUGGCACAAUCAUCCCUGACAUCGACUCCUUUAUCGACAAUGCAUGCAAGCACAUUGACUACACCAACUACGACGGACAUCGUCACCCAAUCACUUUGCGCCCUCAAACCCCAAUGAGCGAGUGGUUCGACAACGCUUCUGAGCUAUCCGUCAACAGCUAUCACCAUCAAGGUAUCGACAAGCUCGCGCCUCGUUUCGUUCCUAUGGCUCACUCCCCUGACGGGCUCAUCGAGGCCUUUUAUGACCCCAAUCACUUUGAUCCUGCCCGUGGAAAUUUUGUGGUCGGUCUCCAGUUCCAUCCAGAGAGAAUGCAAGAUAGCGAGAAAUCAAUGGCGGGCGAUAGGGACUGCUUCGAUUGUCCCGGCUGUCCGCGGCCUUAUGAGUCAUUUUUGUGUGCCGCAAGCGCAUACUGCGUCAUGACUAACACAAGAACAAAUAUUCAACACGAGGAGUCAGGUCUUGCGUUUGAUACAUUUGUUGAUCGCGCCUCGCUUCCUCCCAGACAACUCCCCAGAAGAGGCCCCAGAAGAGUUGCUUCUGCGGUUUUCGCUGAAUCAUCCCAGGAAUUACGGCGAGGGGAUGAUAAUCUGGUUGAGGCUGUUGACUUUCCAUCAGCUCUUCCUAAUAUUGACGAAAACGAGCAAUAUUGGAACAUGAAUGGCGGAGCGUUCUCUAAGAAGAAAGAUUUCUUGCGAACUCCGGCAGCAAUGGUUGUUUAUUCAAAGGAAGAUCUGAACAGGCUGAUCCGAUCUGGCGCCUCUGUCCACGGGACGACCUUGGUGCGGCAGCUUCUUCAGAGGCAAGAAGCACUGGCCAUCAAAGAGAACCGUUCUCCGCAUCUCGGAAGGGCAGCAUCACAAAUUGGAAAGUAUUCCGCAAGAGCAUCCGUCAGGCGGAAGGGGCACUAGAACGCCUUUGCGGUACUAACCGUGCAGAAGUGGCUGUCGCCCUCACGCAAAGACUUGCAGAUAUCUGCACGUCUUUCCUGUUGACGUCCCAACCGAUACUGUUGACCGGCGUGCGAGAUGGGCGAAUACUUCAUCCAAGCGCUUUUUUUUUUAGGGCACACAGUCAGUGCGCAGUGCUGCGCUCGGAGCAGUCCACUACUCUGUACAUUUCAUGAUUUUGGUAGUGUGUCCGAGUAUAGGAUGUGGUUCCAUCCAGAUAAUACGCUAGGAGUAGAUAAGGCACAGCCUAUACGGCACGCCAGACAGUACGUAAUAAAGCCACUGCUGGCCGACCUCCCCACGGAAGGGAGCCAUCAUGACAGCACGAUCAGCU